AUGACUACUACUACUGUUUCAAGAGAAUAUACAUUCUUUGAUGUAUUCAGAGUACCAUUUGUAAAGACACAAAUCCUCAACUCUAUCAAAGAUCAAUCAGUGACACACAACCGAUUCAACAAGAACAAACAAUAUAUCAAAGGAAAGCAAUUAGCUAGUGAGUUUGCAAAGGAUCUUAGAAUAAUAUCAACGUAUGGUGUCAACUGGGACUUUAUCAAACCUCUCUUGGGAGAUAUGAACGAGGCCAAGCCCGAGGCCAAGCUCAAGGCUAUCCGUGCGUACUGCUCGCACCCCAACGCCAAUCUCACCACCACCAUCUUCCUCUUGGAGUGGUUCAAGGAGUUUACUCCUGGAGAUCUCUUGCUCGACGAGGUUGCCGAAGCUGGCCAUCUCGACAUUCUCACCAAUCUAUUGGAUCGUUUCCCCGAUGCACUCGUCACUGAAGAUGCUUUGGACGGCGCUGCCAAGAAUGGACAUUUGGCCACCGUACAAUACCUCCACAAGCACAGAAAGGACGGUGCUAGCACCAUGGCUAUGGACUAUGCUGCUGCCAACGGUCAUCUUGCCGUCGUAGAGUUUCUUCAAAAGAACAGAUCAGAGGGCUGCACCUUUUUGGCACUCGACAAUGCCGCUGCCAACGGUUUGUUUGAUAUGGCCAAGUUGCUCUGUGAAGGUUACCCACAAAAUGAAAUCUCUGAAGAUGCUCAAUACUGGGCCGUUCAAAAUGGUCACAAGGAAAUUCAAGCCUACUUUGAAUCUCGUCUCAAAUCUAAAAUGUCUGAAUAA